AAGAAGUCACUUAUAUGACCAAGGCAGGCCUUGUGUACUAGAAAGAGAUAAGAAUUCGAUCCAAUUGAUUCUACGCCUGAGAAAUCGCGCGUUAUGUUGCUACAUUUACUAUUGCUCGUCACUGUUGACUGUUAUUUAUUGAACAAUCCCGAACCUCCCAGCUCUGAGAAUGCCCUUGCUGAACAGGUACAGACGCUGAUGACAGAUAUCAUUCGUCUGCAAAAUGACGUCAGUGACUUAAAGAAUCAGAUGUCCCUACUAAGCGCUAAAGAUGUCAGCAUCGCCUUUUUCGCUUACCUGACAAAUGACCUCACCAAUCUGACAACAGGAACCACGUUAGCCUUCUCUGGUAUAAGAACGAACGUAGGAAAUGCUUACGAUCCGCUUCACGGGAUCUUUGUCGCACCUGUUUCCGGAACUUAUAACUUUGCCUUUUCCGGUACAUCCCCACCAGAAACCCAAGACCACGGCCUUCACAUAUUUCUGAAGAAAAAUGGUAUUAAUGAGAUGUACGUGUACUUCGACCACAAUCACCAGGAAUGGAUCAACCAUGCUGGUUCUGUUGUACUCCAGCUGGAGAAAGCUGAUAGAGUUUGGUUCGAGGUUGGAAGUUUGUGGGGAGUGAACGUUCUUGCCGGUAGUCGAGCCAGUGACAACGCCCGCCACAGUCACAUCUCUGGUUUUCUUGUACAGGCUGAUUGAUAUGUUCAGUAAAUAUAUGUUCAUUUA